AUGGAAUACGGCAGGGUGCUUGGCAUGCUGUGGUUGACAGAGGAAGACGCCCUGAGCUUCUGCGCACAGAUGAAGGACGACAUACAGCAAAUCGUGGACAGCGACUCCCGUCCCACAAAGAGGCAAGUCCUGCGGUGUCUAAUGAGCUUUUUCGACCCGCUGGGAUUGUUAAGCUUCAUCAUGGUUCAGGGCAAGAUUCUGCUGCAAGAUGUUUGGCGUGCUGGAACACAGUGGGAUCAGGAGAUAAGCGAGGAACAUUGGGAACGUUGGCGGAGCUGGACUGUUCUGCUACAGCGAAUAUCGACCAUACAAAUUUCCCGAUGCUAUUUCCCGAACACCACCGAGCAGAGCUACCGUCAGCUGCAAUUACACGUGUUCGUCGACGCAAGCGAAGCGGCGUAUGCAGCAGUGGAGUAUUUUCGAAUAGUCGACGCAGACGGGACACCAAGAUGUGCUUUGGUGAUGGCGAAAACGAAGGUGGCGCCGUUGAAACCGUUAUCGAUACCGCGAAUGGAGUUGCAGGCCGCUACGCUUGGGACCCGAUUAUUGAGGUCCAUUCUUGAAUCCCAUACUGUGAAAGCUACGGAGCGAUAUUUGUGGUCAGACUCAUCGACGGUGCUAGCCUGGUUGAGAGGGGAUCCCCGCAAGUACAAACAGUACGUGGCCUGUAGGAUUGGUGAAAUACUGGAGCAGACGGAUGUGAUCGAGUGGAGGUGGGUACUGUCGAAGCAGAAUCCAGCGGAUUACGCAACCAAAUGGGGAAGCGGGCCAUCCAUGGACGUCGGAGGAGUCUGGUUUCAAGGACCACCGUUUCUGCAACGGCCUGAGAAAGAAUGGCCGAAACAGAAGAUGUCACAAGGGGUCGUCGAGGAAGAACUACGUGUCUGUAAUGUUCACGUCAAAACUGCCGUGCUCCCAGCAGUAAUAGAUUGUGAUCGCUUCUCCAAAUGGGAGCGCAUGCAUCGAGCAAUGGCCUACGUGCACCGAUACGUGGGAAAUUUGAAACGGAUGAUCUACGGUGAAGCGAAGAAUACAGGCUACCUCACUCAGAAGGAACUACGACAGGCAGAAGCGACCUUGAUCCGGAUGGUACAAGGGCAGACUUACCGGGAAGAACUAACAAUCCUCUCAAACAAUAUUUUAUUUUAUUUUAUUUUAUAUAUCACCGUCUUCGACUAG